CAGUGCUGUCAACAUCACCUGCCAAAAAUUAUUUGUCUGUUUGUGUCAAAACGAGACAAAAUAUUUGAGAAGCAAUGAAUUUAAUCUAUUUUUAAUUAACUAAUGCAUUUUCUUUAUAGCAUACUUCCAUUAUUGCGACAAACAGAAAAUCUUAGAAUACUCUUCUAAGGUUCAAUUAAUUUAUUCUGUUCUGUUUGCAAAUUAUUUGUCAUCAUACCGCUAACACUUAGCAUUACUUUUGGCUUGUGGAGAGUAACAAAUAGGAAAAAAUUACUUGCAGUCCCACAAUGGCAGAUCAGACCUCAGUUCUCGCCCUGGUAAUACUGACUGUGGGGAUAACAGUACAUUUUUCCUUACACAAAGUUGAUGAGGGUCAUCUUGGAGUUUAUUACAGGGGUGGAGCAUUGCUGCCAGUAACAAGUCAACCUGGAUUCCAUAUGAUGGUACCUCUUUUAACUUCUUAUAAAGCUAUUCAGACCACUCUGCAAACAGAUGAAGUAAAAAAUGUGCCCUGUGGAACAAGUGGAGGUGUUAUGAUUUACUUUGAGAGAAUUGAAGUUGUUAAUAAAUUAGAACCAAACAGUGUACUGGAUGUGAUUCGUAACUUCACCGCAGAUUAUGAUAAGACAUUAAUAUUCAAUAAAGUACAUCAUGAGUUGAAUCAGUUCUGCAGUGCGCACACCCUGCAUGAAGUUUACAUUGAUCUGUUCGAUCAGAUUGAUGAAAAUUUAAGAACAGCACUUCAAAAAGAUCUUAAUGAAAUGGCACCAGGUCUGAGAGUGCAGGCAGUGAGAGUAACAAAACCAAAGAUACCAGAAGCAAUUAGGAAGAAUUAUGAACUUAUGGAAUCUGAAAAGUCUAAACUUCUCAUUGCUGCUCAACAUCAAAAGGUGGUGGAAAAAGAAGCAGAGACAGCUCGCAGGAAGGCCGUCAUCGAAGCAGAAAAAGAGGCGCAAGUUGCGAAAAUUCAAUAUGAACAGAAAAUUAUGGAAAAAGAAUCUUUACAAAAAAUCGAAUUGAUUGAAGACAACAUUCACAGAGCGAAACAACAGACAAAAGCAGAGGCAGAUUACUAUCAUCUGAAAAAACAAGCAGAAGCUAACAAACUACUGUUAACUAAAGAAUAUUUGGAAUUACAAAGAUAUCAAGCACUCGCAAAGAAUAAUAAAAUUUACUUUGGAAGUGAUAUUCCAAAUAUGUUUUUGCAAGCAAAUAUUGGUGAAAAUAUGCUCAAAAAUGUUGAAGUUGAAUAAACACUACAUACUUUGUCAAAACAAUUACUAGUCAUUGAGUGAAAUGUGUGUGGGACAGGUUUGUGGGGCUUUUUGUAAAGUUUUAAAAAAAUCAACAUUCUCAAUAAAUAAGCUCUUUUUGUAUUUAGGUAAAUAUAUAGUUUUUUUAUACAUGUUACAUCAAAAUGGCAAUAAUUAUUCUUAUUGAAUGGUUUCAGGUUGAUUGUGUAUGUGAACUAGUUAUGGUUAUACUUUUUGAUAUUUUCAGACAAAAA